GUUCUUUUCGGUUCGAUUUAUAAUCCCGACGAGCGUAGUAUUUUUUUUUAUACCGAGCACUCUUUGGUGGUUGCUUUAAUUCCUUUCAUCAGUGUCAGCGUUCCUCUUACAACAUUUGUUUAGUCAGCAUUAGUCGCUUAAUCUUUCAAACACAACAGUAACUUGCAUUUUGGUCAUUACGCACGUAUUGUUGCCCGAUUAGAGAUAAAGGACCAUGAUGCCGAAACUAAUCGAUCGACGGUCAGACACCGAGCCUGUUUUAACCGAGACUCUUGCCGAACAACUCCGAUCGUUUCUUCCCAGGAGAUAUGCAUUGGUAUCGCAAUGGAAGUUAUUGUACAGUCUGGAUCAGCAUGGGAUUAGUUUGGCCACAUUAUAUCGAAUGAUGCGGAAAUAUAAGGGACCGUGUAUCCUGACCAUUAAGGAUGCAGAUGAUCAGAUUUUUGGUGCCUAUUUGAGCGAGUCAUUAAAACCUAGCUCACACUACUACGGCACAGGAGAAUGCUUUUUAUGGAAAGCGACAAAGAGCGGUAUCAAGGUUUACCCGUGGACAGGCAAGAACGAGUACAUGAUACUGUCAGAAACCAACUUUAUCGCCAUUGGUGGAGGGGAAGGGAAAUUUGGAUUAUGGGUCAACGAAGAUCUGGAAAAAGGAUACAGCGAGCCGUGUCCAACCUUUAACAACGAACGACUAUCACCGCAACCCGAAUUUGAAUGUAUAGAAUUAGAACUGUGGGGAUUCCAAGAACUUUCCCCGACACGAUGAACCCUACCUUGAUCAAUUUUCCCUCGUUAUUCUGUUG